AUGUGUGAUACUUUGGUGGCAAGAACGGGCCGGCAUCAGCAGCGGUAUGAUUCCGGUUUUCGCCUUGUGGCUGGAUGCAUUCCAUAUAGAUAUAGAGAUUCUGAUGCAAGUAGUGAGGACUCAGAGAAGAUUGUAGAGGUUCUCAUGAUAAACUCACCUAGUGGUCCAGGACUUUUGUUUCCAAAGGGAGGCUGGGAGAAUGAUGAAACAGAUCAACAGGCGGCAAUUAGGGAAGCUAUUGAAGAAGCAGGAGUACGGGGAAAAAUAAUGAAAUUUCUUGGGUGCUACCAAUUCAAGAGCAAAACCCACCAAGAUGAGUGCAGUCCAGAAGGAUUGUGUAAGGCUGCAGUUUUUGCUAUGCUAGUCGAGGAAGAACUUGAAUCAUGGCCAGAGCAGAACACACGAAGUAGGAAAUGGUUAACCGUAUCUGAAGCAGCAGAUAGUUGCCGGCAUCCAUGGAUGAGGGAUGCUUUGAUCGGAGGCUUUUGUAAGUGGCAUGCUGAAAAUAUGCUUACCAAAGAAAUUGUAGCAGAUUAA